CUUGGAGGGGUGCAGAUUUGGAACAGAGAAGUCAGCAAAUUAAAAAGUCAUUAAAUAAUUAUUCCGCCCUCCGGAUGGAAGCUGUUUUCUAGUUUAAAAAGCGGGAGAAACGCGACAUGUAAGACAGCUCGCUGACAGCUACAGACCACCGUAUUUUCAUCCUUGUCAACUAGCGGUUUUAACGGCACCGGUUUCUUCAAGCCAUCUUUGCCACCUGCUGCAACAUGACAUCCCUCUCCCGGGCACUAUCUCAACCUACACUCGCUCCGACUAAAGGGAGUGAUUUUUCUGGGCCAAGUGUUCAGCUGCACCCAUGCCGUAGCAGAAAACUGUCGAGCUGCAGCUCGCUCGAGAACGCCGACCUGCUAACUUCACCUUGCGCACCCGAAACGCGAGUCCUUGUCCUCAACACCGGAGGAACCAUCGGGAUGACCCCGCAUGAUAACGUUCUUGCCCCGAAAGCAAAUGCUCUUGUGGAAAGCCUGCGCAAGCUGCCCAUGCUGCAUGAUGAGCUGUAUGCCCAGCAGACCUGCCUGUUUCAGUACUAUGGAUCUAACACCCUGGUCCUGCCGAUGAGUAAAUCAGAUAAGAGGAUAGUCUACACUGUCCUGGAGUACAAUCCUCUGCUUGACUCCUCCAACAUGACUACAGAGGACUGGGCCAAAAUUGGAAAGGACAUUGAGAAACAUUAUGAAAGCUACGAUGGCUUUGUGAUCCUCCAUGGCACAGACACUAUGGCUUAUACAGCCUCUGCCUUGUCCUUCAUGUGUGAGCAUUUGGGUAAACCCGUGAUUCUCACCGGUUCUCAGGUGCCCAUCUAUGAGCUGAGGAAUGAUGGUAGAGACAACCUGCAGGGGGCGCUGCUAAUUGCUGGACAAUUUAUCAUUCCUGAGGUGUGCUUGUAUUUCUACAACAAACUCUACAGAGGGAAUCGUGUGACUAAGGUGGAUGCCGGGAGUUUCAAUGCAUUCUCUUCUCCUAACUUGGUUCCUCUGGCCACUGCUGAGGUGGACGUUGUAGUAAACUGGGACGUAGUGUGGAGGACAGUCACUACGGCAAAGUUCCAAGUCAGUACUGACCUGAAUUGCAACGUUGGGCUGCUCAGGCUUUUCCCAGGAAUCACUGCUGCUUCAGUGAAGGCUUUCCUGCAGGCGCCCAUGGAGGGUAUCGUCCUGGAGACCUACGGAAGUGGAAAUGCACCAGAUAACCGUCCUGACCUGCUGGCUGAGUUGAAGAAGGCGACUGAUGCGGGUGUCAUCAUGAUCAACUGCACACAGUGUCUGAAGGGGACUGUGUCAGUGUCCUACGCUACCGGCCAGGUGCUGGCAGAAGCAGGCCUGAUAGCUGGUAGUGACAUGACUCCUGAGGCCGCUCUGUCAAAACUCUCCUAUGUUUUGGCCAAGAAGGACCUCGAUCUGAAAUCUAAGAAGAAGAUGAUGGCUCAGAACCUGCGAGGUGAAAUGAGCAUUGAACUGCACGGAGCUAGCCUGUGUCUAAGCAACAGCCAAUUCAUCCAGGUUAUUGCCAAGACGCUGAGCAUCAGCUGCAAAGAGGACCUGGCCGCCAUCCGUGACGCUCUGUUUUCUCCACUGGCAUGCGCUGCUGUUAAGAGCGGAGACAUAGAUGCUUUAAAGACCAUCAAAGAAAUGGGUGCCAGCUUGUUUAUGGGCGACUAUGAUGGGCGUACACCUCUACAUGUUGCUGCUAGUGAGGGUCACUUCAAGAUGGCUGAGUUCCUACUGGAAAAUGGAGCCUCGGUCCAUGCUAAAGAUCGCUAUGGAGACACACCCCUAUCCAAUGCUGUGCGCUUCAGAAAAAAGGAAGUUGUGAAGCUGCUGAGAAAGACUGGAGCCCACUUUUCCAGAGACCAGUUGGAGGAAGCAGGAAAUGAACUGUGCAGCCUGGCAGUCAGCGGUGACCUGGAAGGCUUGGAAAUCUGGAGCCUUGCCGGGGCAGAUCUGAGUAAACCAGGAUACGAUGGAAAGAUGGCAGUUCAGGCGGCUGAAGCUGCUGGUAAAAGCGAAGUGAUGGUGUUUUUAGCUCAGCUCAUGACCAAUAAACCAAAGAGAUUUUGUGGUGAAUGUAAUAGGUAUGAUGAAUAUGAUGAUGAAAAUGAUGAUGAUGAGAACGGUGAAGUGAUCGAAUUCACCGCCCCGAUAAGAGGAAAGUAAGCUAACGCUGCCUCGAGGGACUCUUGUCUGCAGUUGUUUCCUGCUAAGCCGUCCUUUACACAACGUCCACUGUUACCCUGAUUUACUGCACAUAUAGUUUAUUAGCUUUACUGCUUCAGUAUUUCCUUCCUUACGUGAAUAUCACAGUAUAUAAGCACACCUUUGGAAGUAUGUUGUCCACAAAGGGCAUCGAUGCACAUAUGUUUAUUUUUUAAUGUUCCACAGUUGCCUACAGUAUGUUUGAGGAAAUAUUAUUCUGAAUGUUUUCAUCAAAUUAUUGUGUAUAAACUAAAGACCAUGACUAUUUGUCUUGUGAAGUGGUGUUGGACAAGUAGUCUGUUUCCAAAGCAAUACAUUAUAGCUUCCAUUUGGAGAUUUUAUGUCUUUGUGUGUUUGAAAUGUGAGUAAAAUACUGGAAAACAUGUAAACUCACAAAAAUAAGGCUGUGGUUUAUAUUCUCUUUGGUGUUAAUCAAUUGCAGCAUCGAACACUUGAGUCAGAGGAUAGUUUAGCUCCGGUGGCUCAGCUUCUUUACUUCCUGCUGCUCUGCAGGUAUCACGAAAACCCACAAGUCCCUUUAGGACUCAUCCAGCCUGUUUCUUGUGCUGAUUGACGAGCUGGCAUUGUUGCAUAUCUUGUACUUUGAAACGGAAAGGGGAAGUCCAGACUAUCAUGUGAGGCAGAUAAAAGUUUCCCUCACGUUUUCUGAAGGAAUGUCUUAGAUUUUUCCAUCUAUUAUCAUAAACAAUUAACUUAUGUGCUUAUUGCUCCUCUUUAAUGUGCAACAAAUAGCAUUAAUUGCACCACUCUUGUUAAUUAACUAAAUGCAGUCAGUGGUUGUGUGUUUAUAUCUUAAUAAUAAAAGAAAAUCACCUAUUUUUUUCUGAUUUUGCCACAGUUGUAAUACAAAAGAAAUUGUAGGGUUGUGUAAGAAAGGGAAUCAGUGCUGUUUCUUCUGAUAACAAUAAAAGAAUAAAUCAACUGUUUAAUGA